AUGGACGACAGGAGCGCCAGAGCGGACUCCAGAACAUUUCCUGGAGAGCGGACACAGGAAGGCCUUGGUGAGGAGGCAGCAGUCGAGGCCGCGCUGCAGGAAGCCAAGGCCUACCGCGAGGAGCUCGUGUGCCAGGGAACCCAGAAGUGGCUGGUGCGGUUCUACGAUGCCGCCGAAAGGAAAACAGUGCGCUAUGGUUCCUUCGAUUCCAAGGACAAAGCCGAAGUCAAGGCCCGGCGGAUAGCCAGGUCGGACUUCUUCCCGCUCAGCGCGCCGGAAGCCCUGCCGGUGUCGCUGCCCACGGAGGGAGAACUUGACAACUUCUUUCGGCACUUGGAGGCACGCGUUCGCGCCAUGCCGACCAGCCGGCACGACAUCUGCCCCUCGGUCAGCAAAGGGAUUGGCAAGUAUUCACAGAAGGCCGACUACUAUGACCAGUUCGCCCUUCGAAGAUAUGCUGCGCCAGUGGCAUCCUGGAUUGCCUACAGCCCAGCGGGCCGCGCUCCAAAGGUGAAAGAGCUGAAACUUCUGAAGAAGUUCAUGGACAAGAUGGACGGUGGGCCAUUGCCUUCUCGAUUGAGCGAGGUUCUAGCCGACAUGGGAGUCGUCCUCCAAUCUGCCGACGGAACUUGCAAGGAGGCAGCAACAGAACUACGGAAAAGUCUUCGCAAGUUGCGCCGCCGCUGCAUUGAAUCCGUGGCUGACACAGUGAUGGUCGGCACAGAUGGUGACAGUGCUGAAGCAGAGAUGCAGGCUGCACAGGACGAAGUCGUACAAGUCGGUGAAGUCGACGACUCGGCAUCUCCCGGUACUGCUGCCCAGUGUGAUCAGCACCUUACGCUGUUUCGCAAGAUGAAUGAGUGGGGGUUUCUUAAUGACGCCCAGAAGCUGCAGCGCUUGCAGCAGGCCGAGGAGGCAGCAAGGCGACCAAGGAGGAGCUUGAGCCAAGAAGAGCUGACGGAUGUCGUGAAUAUGGCUGCUGCUUUCGUUGCAGUUCCUCGCAGGAAAGCAGCGCGGCAAGAUGCUGAUUCUGCAUGCUCGGGCGAAGCUAGCGCUGCUGCGGAAUCUCAGGGUACCCAUCCUGAUUUGCAGAGACGGGUGCGGUCGUUGUUGCUGCAUGCCAUGAAAGUUUGGCGGAUGAACGAGUUCGACUGUCAGGCCAUUGAGCAUGUCCUGGAGCUCUUGCAACGGAAGAUCAAGAAGUUUGAGGACAAGGUUGGACAGAUUCAAAGUGCUGCUGCUGGCAAUGCCUGGCUAAAGAUCAAGCACAUGGUCGACCAGAUGCUGCACGUAGAGGAGCAAUCGAGCUUGCUCGAUGUGCAUGGCACAGGAGCCCAGACUCAUGCUGCGCGUCGCGCCAGGCGUACAGUGGAACGACAGAGCGGCAUCGAGCACAUUGCCUGGAGAGUGGAUACGAACUCCUGGAGAUGCCAUUACUAUACAGGCAGCAUCAAAGACGGACGUAAGGAGGUAAGUCGCACAUUUCCAAUCACAAAGUUCCUAGAGCAGGGCCUUAGCGAGGAAGCAGCUGUCGAGGCCGCGCUGCAGAAAGCCAAGGCUUACCGCGAGGAACUCGUCCGCCAGGGCAUACUGAAGCCGCCGAAGACCCACCGCUCCACGGUAAAGGGCGUUACUUUUGACAAACGGAAUCAGAAGUGGAGGGUUCAGUUGUACCAUCCCAGCAAAGUGCCGGUGAAUGGUGGAUCUUUCGGUACCAAGGAGGAAGCCGAGACCAAGGCCCGGGAGAUGGCUAAGCAGUUGGGGCUUGAGCCGGUGAGGGUGAAGAAACUGUCAGAGAUGAUUCACUUUGACAAGCUCGGACCGGAAAAUGGUGUAUCUUGGAGCGUCCCGGAGCAGAGCUGGGUAUCCUACGUAUACUUCAAUGGGGUCAAAACGAGUGCAAAGCGCUUCCGGCCCAAGGAUCUCUCGAAGCAGGCUGUACAGAAUUCCUGGGACGAAGCAGUGGCUUGGCGAAAGCAGCAGAUUGGCAAGUAUUCGCAGAAAGCAGACUACUCCGACCAGUUCGCCCUUCGAAGAUAUGCCGCUCCAGUGGCAUCCUGGAUUGCCUACGGCCCAAAUGGCUGGGCUCCAACAGUGAAAGAGCUGAAACUUCUGAAGAAAUUCACGGACAAAAUGGACGGUGGGCCAUUGCCUUCUCGAUUGAGCGAUGUUCUGGCCGACACGAAAGUGGUUCUCGAAACUCUCUCGACAAGGCCUGUGGAUGGAGCUUGGAAUCAGGCAGCAACGGAGCUACGGCAAAGUCUUCGCAAGUUGCACCGCCGCUGCUUGGAAUCCGUGGCUCACACAGUGAUGGUCGGCGCAGAUGGUGGCAGUGCUGAAGCAGAGAUGCAGACCGAACAGGACGAAGUCGCACAAGUCGCUGAAGUCGACGACUCGGCAUCUCCCGGUACAGCUGCCCAGUCUGAUCAGCACCUUACGCUGUUUCGCAAGAUGAAUGAAUGGGGAUUUCUGGAUGACGCCCAGAAGCUGCAGCGCUUGCAGCAGGCCGAGGAGGCAGCAAGGCGACCAAGGAGCUGGAGCCAAGAAGAGCUGACGGAUGUCGUGAAUAUGGCUGCAGCUUGCCUUGCAGCUCCUCGCAGGCAAUCGAGGUUGCAAGAUGCGCAUGCUGGAAACUCGGGUGAAGCUGAAGCUGUGCUGGAAUCACCGCAAGGUGAAAGUACUGAUCUACAGAGACGGUUGCGGUCCUUGUUGCUGCAUGCCCUGAGCCUGUGGCACUUGAACCAGUUCGAUUGUCAAGCCAUCGAACAUGUCCUGGACUGCCUGCAACAGAAGAUCAGCAAAUUCGAGAAAAAGGUUGGAGAUAUUCAAAGUGCUGCUGCGGGGAAUGCUUGGCUGAAAAUCAAGCAGAUGGUCGACGAGCUGCUGCUGCAAGUAAAAACACCUCCAAACCUGCAUGUGCAAGAUGCAACAAAGGCCCAAGCCGAAGCAGCUCACAAGUUCAGGACAAGACAGGAGCGCCAGAGCGGUAUACAGAACAUUUGCUGGCAGGGACAGAAGAUGGGCUGGCAAUGCCAAAUAGGCUCCAGAUGGGGAGCUGUUCGGAAAGCUCGCUUAUUUCCAAUUUCCAAGUUUCUCGAGCAGGGUCUUGCCGAGGAGGCGGCUGUCGAGGCCGCGCUGCAGGAAGCCAAGGCAUACCGCGAGGAGCUCGUUCGCCAGGGCAAGUUGAAGCCCCCGACGCCGAAAGCCCCCAGCUCAACUGUGAGGGGUGUUGUCUUUGACAAGACCUACCAGAAGUGGCGGGUGCAUCUGUAUCAUCCCGUCGACAAGAAGAAAGUGAGCGGUGGCUUCUUCGCUGGCAGGGAGGAGGCUGAGAUCAAGGCCCGGGAGAUGGCUAGGCACUACGGGGUUCCAUCCGAUUUCGCAGUGACACCCGCAAGGAGAAGCACAGCUCAAGAGACUUGA